CGCUGCGGCUGCUCCGCUGAGAGCUAUGGAGACCAAAGGCUACCACAGUCUCCCUGAAGGUCUAGAUAUGGAAAGACGGUGGGGUCAAGUUUCUCAGGCUGUGGAACAUUCUUCCCUGGGACCUACAGAGAGGACCGAUGAGAAUAACUACAUGGAGAUUGUCAACGUAAGCUGUGUUUCCGGUGCUAUUCCAAACAACAGUACUCAAGGAAGCAGCAAAGAAAAACACGAACUACUCCCUUGCCUUCAGCAAGACAAUAAUCGGUCGGGGAUUUUAACAUCUGAUAUUAAAACUGAGCUGGAGUCCAAGGAACUUGCAGCAACUGUAGCUGAGUCCAUGGGUUUAUACAUGGAUUCCGUAAGAGAUGCUGACUACACCUAUGAUCAGCAGAACCAACAAGGAAGCAUGAGUCCAGCGAAGAUUUAUCAAAAUGUUGAACAGCUGGUGAAAUUUUAUAAAGAAAAUGGCCAUCAUCCUUCCACCCUAGGUGGUGUGAACAGGCCCUUGAGAUCCUUCCUGUCUGACUCUGGGAGCUCUGUGAAUGGUGGGGUCAUGCGUGCCAUCGUUAAAAGCCCUAUCGUGUGUCAUGAGAAGAGUCCAUCCGUUUGCAGCCCCCUGAGCAUGGCCUCUUCAGCUUGCAGCCCUGCAGGAAUCAGCUCUGUGUCCUCCACGUCUGCCAGCUUUGGCAGCUUCACAGUGCACAGCCCUAUCACCCAGGGGACUCCGUUGACAUGCUCCCCUAAUGUUGAAAACCGAGGCUCCAGGUCGCACAGCCCGGCACACGCCAGUAAUGUGGGCUCUCCUCUAUCAAGUCCAUUAAGUAGCAUGAAAUCCCCAAUAUCCAGCCCUCCGAGUCAUUGCAGUGUAAAAUCUCCGGUCUCCAGUCCUACUAACAUCACUCUGCGAUCCUCUGUGUCUAGCCCUGCAAACGUCAACAACUCAAGGUGCUCUGUUUCCAGCCCUUCCAACACAAACAACAGAUCCACGCUUUCCAGUCCAACUGCUAGUACUGUGGGAUCUAUCUGUAGCCCUGUAAACAAUGCCUUCAGCUACACUGCCUCUGGCACCCCUGCUGGAUCCAGUGCAGCCCGGGAUGUGGUUCCUAGUCCAGACACCCACGAGAAAGGUGCUCACGAGGUCCCCUUUCCUAAGAGUGAGGAAGUAGACAGUGCCAUCUCCAAUGGUGUGACUGGCCAGCUUAACAUUGUACAGUACAUAAAACCGGAGCCAGACGGGGCUUUUAGCAGCUCAUGCCUAGGAGGAAAUAGCAAAAUAAAUUCUGACUCCCCUUUCUCGGUACCAAUAAAACAAGAAUCAACCAAGCAUUCGUGUUCAGGCACCGCUUUUAAAGGGAAUCCAACGGUGAACCCAUUUCCAUUUAUGGAUGGUUCAUAUUUUUCCUUUAUGGAUGAUAAAGACUAUUAUUCUCUAUCAGGAAUUUUAGGACCACCUGUGCCCGGCUUUGAUGGUAACUGUGAAGGCAGUGGAUUCCCAAUGGGGAUUAAACAGGAACCAGAUGAUGGGAGCUAUUACCCAGAGGCCAGCAUCCCUUCAUCCGCUAUUGUUGGUGUGAAUUCAGGUGGACAGUCCUUUCACUACAGGAUUGGUGCUCAAGGUACAAUAUCUUUAUCACGAACAGCUAGAGACCAAUCUUUCCAACAUAUGAGUUCCUUUCCUCCUGUUAAUACUUUAGUGGAGUCAUGGAAGUCACAUGGUGACCUGUCGUCUAGAAGAAGUGAUGGGUAUCCAGUUCUAGAAUACAUUCCAGAAAACGUAUCCAGCUCUACUUUACGAAGUGUUUCUACUGGAUCUUCAAGACCUUCCAAAAUAUGUUUGGUGUGUGGGGAUGAGGCUUCAGGAUGUCAUUAUGGGGUAGUAACCUGUGGCAGCUGCAAAGUAUUCUUCAAAAGAGCAGUGGAAGGUAAAUGUUCAUGGCAACACAACUAUUUAUGUGCUGGAAGAAAUGACUGUAUCAUUGAUAAGAUUCGACGAAAGAAUUGUCCUGCCUGCAGACUUCAGAAAUGUCUUCAAGCUGGAAUGAAUUUAGGAGCUCGAAAGUCAAAGAAGUUGGGCAAGUUAAAAGGUAUCCACGAGGAGCAGUCACAGCAGCAGCCCCCGCCCCCACCCCCACCCCCCCAGAGCCCCGAGGAGGGGACAACGUACAUAGCUCCUGCAAAAGAGCCCUCGGUCAACUCAGCGCUGGUUCCUCAGCUGUCCACAAUCUCACGAGCGCUCACGCCUACCCCUGUUGCGAUCCUUGAAAACAUCGAGCCUGAGAUCGUGUAUGCAGGCUACGACAACUCAAAACCAGACACAGCCGAAAACCUACUCUCCACUCUAAACCGCUUAGCAGGCAAACAGAUGAUCCAAGUCGUGAAGUGGGCAAAGGUACUUCCAGGAUUCAAAAACUUGCCUCUUGAGGACCAAAUUACCCUAAUCCAGUAUUCUUGGAUGUGUCUAUCAUCAUUUGCCUUGAGCUGGAGAUCGUACAAACAUACAAACAGCCAAUUUCUCUAUUUUGCGCCAGACCUAGUCUUUAAUGAAGAGAAGAUGCAUCAGUCCGCCAUGUACGAAUUGUGCCAGGGGAUGCACCAAAUCAGCCUUCAGUUUGUUCGACUGCAGCUUACCUUUGAAGAAUACACCAUAAUGAAAGUGUUGCUGCUUCUAAGCACAAUUCCAAAGGAUGGCCUCAAAAGCCAGGCUGCAUUUGAAGAAAUGAGGACAAAUUACAUCAAAGAACUGAGGAAGAUGGUAACUAAGUGUCCCAACAACUCUGGGCAGAGCUGGCAAAGGUUCUACCAGUUGACCAAGCUUUUGGACUCCAUGCAUGACCUGGUCAAUGACUUGCUGGAAUUCUGCUUCUACACCUUCCGAGAGUCCCAGGCCCUGAAGGUCGAGUUCCCCGCGAUGCUGGUGGAGAUCAUCAGCGACCAGCUGCCCAAGGUGGAGUCCGGGAACGCCAAGCCCCUUUACUUUCACAGGAAGUGACGGAAGACGUCUUACCAGGAGAGCUUUGCCUUAAGUUUCCCCAUGUUAUUCUACACCCACGAAGGACCCAAGGAAUCAUAUUUUUGACAUGUGAUGGUUGAUUCAUACUUGUUCAGCAGUUUCUCAAGUUGAAAAUCACGUCAAGGGUUCGGAGCCGGGAAAGCAGUUUGACACGGAUUUGGCAAGACCUGAGCGGUCUGAAGGAUUCUUCCCUGUCCAAUCCCCAGCGCUUAGAAACAUGUUCCUGUUCCUCUGGAUGAAAAGCCAUAUCUAGUCAAUAACUCUCUGAUUUUGAUAUUUUAACAGAUGGAAGUUUUAACUAUGCCAUGUAGUUUCCGGUAUCGCUUGUUUUAAAAGGGUUCAAGGACUAACGAACUUUUUAGAGCUUACCCUUGGUUGCACAUAAAACGUAUAGUCAAUAUGGGGCAUUAAUAUUCUUUUGUUAUUUAAAAAAAACACACAAAAAAAGAAAAAAAUAUAUACAGAUUCCUGUUGUGUAAUAACAGAGCACGUGGGGUGAAGAGCGGCCCCCUUGGUGGCGGGGGGGCUUAUUCGCCCGCGUUCCUCUGCAUCACUGGUAUACACACCCUUUAGCGUCCAUUUAUUUAAUUAGAAUGGAUAAGAUGUUAAAUGCCUUGGUUUCAAUUUCUAGUAUCUAUUGUGUUGGCUUUACAAAUAAUUUUUUGCAGUCUUUUGCUGUGCUGUACAUUACUGUAUGUAUCAAUUGUGAAGGACCUGAAAUAAGGUAUAAGGAAAUUUUGUAAAUGAGACACAUACAAAAAAAACAAAAAACAAAAAAAAAAACAA